UCGGGACAAACUAAAAAACCCAAAAAAUCUGAGCCAAAUUGAUUAAAUCAAUUAAUAAAAUCACACUUGUUUUUGUUUUGAAAACCUUGAGAUUUGAGAACCAAACACGACGCUGCGCCUUGUGUAGUUGCCCAACGCCGCGCCACCAGAUAGUUACACUUUUUUCUUCAACUCAAGAGAAGAGCUUCCAUGGAGAAUGCAGACAUCCCUGAGAAUGCCAACGAGCAUUGCCCAGGUCCUCAGUCUGAAUCUGCUGGAAAAUCUGAUGCAUGUGAAGGGUGCCCGAAUCAACAAAUUUGUGCCACUGCCCCCAAAGGACCUGACCCUGAUCUGGUUGCCAUUGCAGAAAGAAUGGCUACUGUGAAACAUAAGAUAUUGGUCUUGUCAGGAAAGGGAGGAGUUGGCAAGAGCACGUUCUCUGCCCAACUGGCGUUUGCUUUAGCUGCAAGGGAUUUUCAGGUGGGUCUUCUUGACGUUGAUAUUUGUGGUCCAAGCAUUCCAAAGAUGCUUGGCCUAGAAGGUCAAGAGAUACAUCAGAGCAACCUUGGUUGGUCCCCUGUCUAUGUAGAGUCCAACCUUGGGGUCAUGUCAAUUGGGUUCAUGCUUCCCAAUCCAGAUGAAGCUGUUAUAUGGAGAGGCCCACGCAAAAAUGCACUUAUCAAGCAGUUUCUAAAAGAUGUCUACUGGGGAGAACUUGAUUUUCUAAUUGUUGAUGCUCCACCAGGAACCUCAGAUGAACACAUUUCCAUUGUUCAAUUCCUUGAUGCCACUGGAGUAGAUGGUGCAAUCAUAGUUACUACACCUCAACAAGUCUCUCUUAUUGAUGUGAGAAAAGAAGUGAAUUUUUGCAAGAAAGUUGGCGUGAAAGUUCUCGGGGUUGUAGAGAAUAUGAGUGGCCUGUGCCAGCCUAUCACAGAUUUCAAGUUUAUGAAGUUGACCGAUAAUGGCGAGCAGAAAGAUGUUACACAGUGGGUUUGGGAAUACAUGAGAGAAAAAGCACCAGAAAUGCUGAAUUUGCUUGCUUGCACUGAAGUGUUUGAUAGUAGUGGUGGUGGAGCAGUGAAAAUGAGCAAUGAUAUGGGGGUACCCUUUCUUGGUAAUGUUCCUUUAGAUCCACAGCUUUGUAAGGCAGCUGAAGAAGGUUCAUCCUGCUUUGCUAAGAAAGAUUGUGUUGUUAGUGCUCCAGCACUAAACAAGAUUAUAGAGCAGUUGAUUGAAACUAAUGGGUGGUCAAUGUUAGUAAGUAAUGGAGUGUAGGAGAUCUUGCUUUAUGAUGAUCUUUGUAAAUCAAAAUCUAAUUUUAUCUAUGAACGCUUUGCACAGAAUUUUUCUUUAAUACUUAAGCCAUGUAGGGUUGAGACAUUUUGGGACCUGACGUAUUGGUAUUCUGGGCCUCUAUGUUAUACGUAUUUUGACGACGUAGUUACUGAUAAAUUUACAGUAAAAUAAGUUUCCCAGUUUGUAUUGGCAGUCUGAAUGCUUAUUUCUCUAGAUUUUUUAGAGUAUAUUUCUUUAAUACAUUGGAGUUUCUAGCCA